AUGUCUGACCAGACUUCCACGUUGACACUCCUGUUUCCUCAUGUCAGUGAAAACGUGCUAAUGAAGACGCUUGAUAGCGCCAAUGGUGAUGUAGAGAUGGCUACCAACAUGAUCUUAAGUGAGCAAGAGUCUCUCAAUCGAAUGAGAACAAUGUCAGCAGUCAGCGAUGUAGACUUCGAGAACGGCAAUGACGAGACAUUGCCGUCUAGCGUGGACGAAAAAAGUAGCCAAGAAAGGCCCAAAGAGCAAAGAAAUGCCGUUAAUUUGAAGAAACGACUAUACAGACCAGCACACUCUUUCGACAAAGUACGACCAGCAGACACGAUUAGUGUGAGCUCUCCGAACAAAACAUGGUCUUCUACUCAAAACCAAAUUCGCAAAGUAGUGGACCUCACGGAUGUGCCUUUCAAGAUCGCCCAAACGGCUUUUUACAAGAAAUCUUUGAGCGCUGCGAGAGCUGCUAUAGACAUCAUACACCACUACGACGACUACGUUUCUGAUUUUAAAUCGUUCCCGUCUCCACCUCCCGCUCCGCCAAGUCAGCUGUCAUCACACUUAGCUCCCGUGAGAGUUGGCGGUCGCGUACAGUCUGUGCAAGGCUUGGCGCAUCGGAGAGGUGGGGCCACUGCAGCGUCAAAAGAGAACGAUUUCAGAGCAGCGACACGCCAUUCUGAAAGCAUACCCCCUAUCAUAGCCUGUGCAACAAGCCCCGAGAGUUUGGCUGAAACGUCCUGUGAUCUGGAUGCCACCAUCGCGAGCAAUCCAUUGCUCAAAUCCAUCAGUCCCAGUUUCUUCAAACUCGUGCUCAAAUUUUACGCCGGAGAUGUUGUGAGAACGACUAUGCUGGCUGCUUUUAUCAUCGAUAAUAAUUGCUCGCGAUACACAUUCACCGAAGCGACCAGUGCUCCCGCUUACGAUGCGGCAGGGAAGCUUCAACCGCAAGUGAAAAUCGUUGCAGGCACGCCUGAGCCCACAGCUUACUCGAAACCUGACUUCCACGGCUUGGUGCCAAGCUCUUUCACCAGCGCAGAUAACUACAACCAAGCUUUGCAGGUAUUUGAAAAUGUAUUUCGCACUCAUACUGCCGAUUUACAUGGGUUUUUGCCUCAGGAAGCCGCCAAAUUGGCUCAGAUGUGUCUUUCGAAUUGGUGGGAUAACGAGACCAGUCUACGUGAGAUGAAUGCCCAUCGUCCUAACUUAAUAAAGGCCCAAAAUAUCGCUCCAUUGAAAAUUAUUACUGGACGAGGGCUUCAUAGUCUUGGAGGAGUAUCCAAAGUAAGGAUCAAGAUUAAAAAGCUACUAGAUUCCAACAACUAUGUGUACACCGAAGAGCCCUCCUACUUCAUCAUUGAAGGCCGAAGAAGCACUACAUCGUCUCGAAAGCGAUGA